GAGAAAGUGAGUGAUGCUCAGACGCGAUCCGCGUGAAAAAAUGUCUCGUGUCAUGCAAUCGUGGGAAACAGAAGGUUUAAUCUCGAUCUGGAAUUAGAUAUAAUGGACACUGGUGACUUCAGACCGCUGUAAAAGUUGGGUUUGAAGUGCAAAUACUAGUCAAAGGUGUGAAUUGUGUCUCCUGGAAUCACCUCGGAAGAAACAUGAGUUUCUCUCAAUGGAGGGUCUAAUGAUGGAGGGACGAGGGCAGGUCACCAUCUGCGUGCUGUUGGCGGGGUUUAUGAUGAUGUUCGUCUCCAUAGUGAUCGCUGAUUCACCUGCUUCAGAAUGGCUUUUGGAGGCUCCAAGCAUGCCAAAGGAGUCUUCAGUGGAAGUGCUGCAUAAUGCACCCUCUGCCUUGUCUGGAUUGUCUCUUUCACCUAGUUCAGUUCCACCCAAUGUCAUCGAGAAUAACAAUCACAAUUUUAAUACUGUUUUUGGAUCAGUAUUUCCUAACUCCCUGAACUCUGCCCCUGGCCCAGAGCCUCUUAGUACACCCCCUUUACAUUCUUUAGAGUCUGAAGAGGGACAUGGAUCUACCCCCAAAGUUUUCUCCAGACAGCGUAGAGAACUCAAGUCUCCAGUGCCUUCGUCCCAUAGUGUGCCCUCGUCUUGGGAAGCUAUAAGUCUAGCACCCCACUUCUCACAGGCUACAGAUAAUUCAUCUCUGCUGUCUUCAUUGCCUUCUAAUGGACUUGAUUCUCCUUGGAGAACUCCUAUGGAACCUCCUGUCCCUUCCCCUGAUAUCGAAUUUAAGAUGGUGCAAUUCAAUGACACUGAAGUUCCUGUUGGAAACCGAGUGGAACCAUCCAGCAAAAUUCAAGACCUUCAAUUACAACCCAGCUAUUAUCCAUAUGUACAACAUGAUGCAGGCUAUCAGCAGCUAGAGCUAAGCCAUGUUUUUGUAUACCAUCAAAUUACUUUGUCCUCCGUUGAGCCAACUAUGGGCCCACCUGAAGACUUUUUCCCAACUAACACCAUGGAUGUGGACUAUGGUUCUGGAGAUUACUUAGAAACAAUGUCCUUCAUGGGAUCUGAAGGAGAUGACUACUCCCUGACUACCAAUGUACUCGCUGAUGUGUACGACUUUGAGGACACAAACUUCGAGACCUAUGACACCACAUUCCCUUCAAGAGUUGUGAUGUCAUUUUCCAGCAAACACGUAUAUCCCUCCUCUACUAGUGUUAUUAGUUCUUUCUCCAGUAUACAUGCUGAAAGUACUCCCAGUCAAACUUACAGUUUGACCAGCAAUUCAACCUCAAUUGUACCCACCUCUGAUUGGGCAACCUCUUUGAAUUUGACAACCACUGUGCCCCUUACCUUGUUUACAACUCCAGUUUUUAGUAUUAAACCAAAUAUUUUGACCACUGAGCUUGUCCACAUCAUUGUCCCAUCCCUUCCAAUCAUCCAACCAACCGGAAUACAUUCUUUACCCAUUCUCCAAACAACUUCAGAUAUUUUAAACCAGAAUCAGUCUGUCAAUGAGAGCUCAGAGUUGGUCCCUGACUGGACAGGCACUGUUGCCAUCCAACCCACAGAUGUUCUUUUACCAGAUAUGAACAGUUUGGAGUAUUACACAAUUCAACUGACCAAGGACAAUGGUAGCUCGCCAGAUCACACUGCCAAUCAAACAACCAUUCCAAUCAGCACCACACAUAUUGUAUCCACAAGAACGUACUCUGUUGACCCAAGUUACAUACUUACAGCAAUGUUUGACGAUGAGCUACAGCCUGCAGAUAACGGUUCGUGGACCGAGGAAUCCUCAACAGAUAUAUCUGGAUUUGAGCCUUUUAACACCACUAUGCUGGAUCUCUCCGAAAUUAGACCAAGUCUUACGAAUACUACAGUGCCAUAUUUGGAACCAUCAUUCAUACCGACACCCUCAAUGGACCCUUCAGCUUCACUGGGGGAUCAGAACUCAACCACUGAUUUGUCUAUCACACCUUCUGUAGCUUACAACACAUCCAUUCUGGUGACUAAUCAUCCUCUUUUUACAGAGGAACCAGAUGUUCACCUGUCAUCUACCAUUAAUGACAGCCAAGGGGUUAUUAUCUCAGUUCCAACUCCAUCUGAGACCCUCUUUCCUAGUACUGUACUUACCAGUAAUGUAGCCACCACCUCUAUCAGUGUUUCUGCAUACCCAACUGACUCGAACUUUAAUGUCACUUCCACCCCUCCUCCGACAGACAUGGCUGACGAGGAGUUCAUGACUGAAACUCCAUCUGACACCCCUAUCACCAUGGUUACUGAUAGAGAUAACACCUCACCAAUUAGUAGCUUUACAACCACAUCCCCCACAGUAUUACAUAAUGACACCAUUGUGACACCUGUGACAUCAUUUUCUAUAACAAACUCCAACAACAUAACAGUGACUACCCUGGAAGACUCAUCAGUUACAACACUAAGCACAACCCCUCUUACGACCACUGCCCGGAAGUAUCUCUGCAACAUUACCAAGCCUGACUCCUACUUAAUCAGAGUUGGGUUUCCUCCUGGGUCUACUGCUGGAUAUGCCAAAACCAAAGUCAGAGAGAUUCUCAAAGCAGAGUACAAUCGCUCUGUGGAGAUACAGGUUGUGAAAGCCCCUCCAGACUUUGUGUUUCGUGCUGUGUCUGGUGCUGUGGUUUACACUGCCAUAUCAGUCAUUAAUUCUCUGAGACUCUCUGCUCGGACCACAAGUUCCUUUAUCAGUGUGUCACCCAUCAGCCCUGAACCAAGCCUACAGUACCACGUACAUUCAGUGCUUCAGUUUGUACCCAGCCAUAUAGAUGUACGAAUGUGCUCCUUCAGUGAGCAGAUAGAGAAGGGUUUGAUCUCAGCCUUAGCUGAAGUCCGCAGACGCUCACUGGAAUCCACAAACUUCACUGUGCAUAUUUUAAACAUCACAAUGAGUCCCGUGGUCAUGACGUUACAACAGCAGAAGAUUCCUGUGGAGAUCACGUUUGCAGUGCGUGAUGUCCGUGGGUAUGUGCCAGGGUCAGAGGUCAGCACCCAGCUUCGCUUUCUUAGUGUGGUUGAGUACAGCUACUACCUGGGCUACCCAGUACAGCAAAUCGCAGAGCCUUUCCACUACCCUGAACUUAAUACAACUCAACUGCUUCGUUCCUCAUGGGUCAGGACAGUGUUGUUGGGAGUGUUAGACCAGCGUGUGAGGGACAGUGUCUUCCAGGCAACCAUUGAGCGGAGAUUGGCUCUGUUGCUGGGUGAUGCCCUGAGGACUGGCCGUCGCUUUAAGAGAGCAACUAGUGCUGGAAACAACAGUGUGCAGAUUGUACAGACCAUGCGUCUGGUGGGCCCUGACAAUCCCUUGGAAAUUAUCUACUUUGUAGAAGGAGCAAAUGGACAGAGACUGCCUGCCGCAACCACAGCGAACAUGCUCAACAGUCUUGACAUGCAACAUACAGCUAUCGUCAUGGGAUUCCGAUUUCAGGGAAUAUUGGCACAGCCUGUGGAGAAACAGGCCUCACCUCCCUCAGACACUGAGAAGACCAACAUAUGGAUAAUCGUGGGGGUGGUGGUCCCUGUGCUGGUGGUGAUCAUUAUCAUAACCAUCCUGUACUGGAAACUCUGCCGCACAGACAAACUGGAAUUCCAGCCAGACACCAUGAGCACUGUCCAACAGAGACAGAAGCUGCAGGCUCCCAGUGUAAAGGGUUUUGACUUUGCCAAGCUGCACAUGGGCCAGCACAGUAAGGAUGACCUCAUGGUCAUACAGGAGCCGUUACCACUUCCUGUGACCACUAAGGAGCAGAACCCAAUCGAGAACACAGAGGUGCUCACACCAAAGUCCAAAACCUCCUCCAAAACUUCCCGCAACGGCCAGCGCCGCAGGGGCCAAAUUUCUCCAUCUGAGGGGGAUUCUAUAGGCAGUGAGCCGUCCAGUGAUAGAGGAACUCCUGAUGAGGGAAUGAGACCUGCUGGUCUGCCCAUUGAUCCCAAACAGUCACGAAAGGUUGGGGUUAAUGGAUUAAAUGGUCCACCACCAAUGAAUGGUAUGGAUGAGCCCUUAUCUUCAGCCUCCAUCUUUGAGCAUGUGGACCGAAUGUCCCGUGCAACUGACGGUCCCAAGCGUCUACCAAACAAAAUCCAGCUCAUCGCCAUGCAGCCGAUGCCAGCCCUGCCCCUACCCAGCCCUACUGCCAAUGGCACGGCUGCAGAGAAUGCUAAGCUCAACAAAGAGAUCCAGGUGGCUUUGAGGCAUAAAUCCGAGAUUGAGCACCAUCGUAAUAAAAUUCGGCUAAGGGCCAAAAGGAAGGGCCAUUAUGACUUCCCCGCCAUGGAUGAUCUUAUUGAUGACCCUAAAGAGCAGGACCGGAUCUAUCAGAAGGCUCAGAUGCAGAUUGACAAGAUACUAGAUCCAGAUAUUCACAUGCCAUCUCUCUACACUGAGCCAAAGAAAAGCAACAGAGGGAAGCAUUCUCCUAAACAGAGGAAGAAACAGAUUAACGGAGAUCUGACAGAUGCUGACAGAGCCCGGCUCAUAACGACAGACAGUGAUGGGACAUACAGGAAAUAUCCAGGGGUCAAUAACAUCGCAUAUGUGUCGGAUCCAGACCAGGGCCCUGAUCAUCAAAGUCCAUCCCCGACGGAUGAUGUGUUCCACGGCAAUUUCUCCUCCCCAGGCCAUCCUCCUCCGCCACCCCCAUACCUCCCCCCUCAACCAUCUAUAGAAGAGGCGCGCCAGCAAAUGCACUCUCUACUGGACGAUGCCUUUGCCCUUGUAUCCCCUACCUCUCAGGGCAGCACAGCUGGCAUUACCCUGCCCGGGGUUGGGCUCAACCCUGGAGCCCUGUCCCCCUCAAGCCCGCCAUCUCGUGGCCCACGGCUCUGGGGCCCAGGAUACCCGCCCCUGAAUCCCUACACAGGGAGAUACGCUGACUUGGGUCUGCCUCCUUCCACUGUACAAGGUUUACUGCAUAGACAGGGUUUAGGGUCCGGCUACAUCCCUUCAGGAGAAGCCCUUCCUGUUGAACAGCUGCUGUCAGAGUCACUAUACACUGGUCGAGGGGGUCACACAGAUGAGCUGCCCUCCUCUGCCAGGCCCCGACCUGUAGGUGGGACUACAGGUACUCAGCUGCACCAUUUAAACCACGUUGGUAUGACUGGUCGUGUAAGUGAGAGCAGGCAGCCUGGUGGGUUAAACUGGGGGCCGUAUCAUGAGGAUGACAACAAGCUUGCUAACAACAGAGACCCUACCUCCAGGAACGGCCUAAAGGAGACAUCUGCCGCUCCUCUCCACCUGGACUCUCUAGGCCUGGGCUAUCCUCCCUCUGCUCCCACCGAGGAGCCUUCACCUCCCACCCAUUCAUCCGCCUCACUCAUCAAAGCCAUCCGAGAGGAACUCAUGCGGCUCUCCCAGAAACAGGCAGCGGUACCAAGCUACCACAGCUGAGACCUGCCCCUGUGGCUCCACCCAGCGAAAACUGCACUACACUGCACUGUACUUCCCAUGGAAGUGGUUUUUUUGAGAUGACGACGACUGUAUGUCCUGUAACUGCUGUUGCUGCCGCCCUGUGGCACAAAAGCAUUAGGACAGGAAGAGUAGACAUUUAUCCUUUAUUCCCAUGUUCAUUUCCAUUUUUCUCUAUAGUGUUGUUUAUUAGCACAUGCAGUUUCCCAAGACUGAGGAAGAAACUUUUUUACCUUUUAUUCAGUGAGGUUUCAUUGUAACCUAUUGUAACCUUCAGUAGCAAUUAACUUCUCUGUGGUCUCUACAUUGACUGAUAUUGAAGCCAAAAUAUGGCCGCCACACAUUCCUUUAGUCUCGUUCUGUUAGAGGUGUGUGUGUGUGUUUUUAUUUUCACACUGUGUUGAUUUUUUGCUGUGUACGAUGCCUUUUUAUGUUAAGAAUUUUAUACCUUGCACUGGCUCGUGAUUCUCAUCCAUGAAAAUGAACAGCUUUUUGAUACCUUAAGCUAAUCUCCAUAUUGUCCAAAACAUUUUUAAAUUGGAUUGUCAUCACCAAUUUUCCUUUUAUUUUUGCCUUACCCUGAGUCACUAGGAUAAGCCUACAAUAAUUAUAUUAUUUUCAGAGGUGUUUGAUUAAAUUUUGCGGGAAAUUUCAGGCAUCGUCAUUCUUCCUAGCAUGUUUGCAUACUGUUCGUAAACAAAGAAAAGUAGGUCCAAUGGCUGAAAUUCUACUUAAUUGCUCAGACGACAUACUUUCCGGAUAUACAUCUUGUAGGACUUUUUUACUAUCUGUGACUCUGUGUAGCUAGUCAGAUCCACUCUGAUAUGAUCACAGGCAACCAUGGGUACCUCAAACCAUCAGAAUAGUGAAAUAAGAAAAGUGCCGAAGCUCAACUGACGUAAAAACCACACGUUUCAACCACAGAUGUUGAUAGAGAACCCAGAAAUCCGUACUGUACCUUUAAUUAUCCUUUUCCUUUGGGCCUCUUUUUGUGCUUCUUUCAUCUCCAUUUAAUGGCCAAGAACCAGAUAUUGCCUUCACAAUACAGUAUUGAACCUUAUACAGCAUUGUUUUAAUGGGGUCCAGUAAUAGUAUUUGAAGUAGUGACAUGUUUCCCCUCUGCAUAUGCCUUUAUUAUGUUCAGGAAAUAUAGAUACAGUAUACAGUUCCAUUUAUGUCUUUGCAGAACAAUGCAGUGGAGGACGCUGUCUUUACAUUAAAGGAGUGUUAUCGGUUCGGUGCAGUUUAACUCGUCCCUCAGUUGUAAAGAAGAACAAAAAAAAAUCUUGUUUACAAUAAUGCACUUAUAAGAGAAGUCUACAGGGCAAGACACUGCACUGGAUUAUUGUUAAAAUAAUAAUAUUGUUCAGCACUAUUUUGAAAGUAAAGCCACAAGACUUCAACAUAUGUUUUAACAUAAGGUGUGUGUGAUUGUUUACUAGUAAAAUAAUUUGCUAACCUUGCCUGUGCAAAUUUGAAAUUCAGUAUUUUGACUCAUUGUAACAAUCAGUUAAGUAGCCUACACUUUACAGGGGGAAAAUCUACUCGCAGUAUUUACAUUGGUAACAGAUAAACAAUAGUUCAUAUGGCCAGAACAGUAGCGAAUGUAAAAGAAUGAUUUACAGCUCAAAUAAAACAUAUUUUUGUUUGGAAGAAAUAACAUAGGUGCUUUAACAAAAACGAGCUGUACGUUUUUGCUUUUAAACCAUCGGGAAUGCCUUCCCCAUAGACUUGCAUUGUAAAUGCAUUACUGUAAACGUGACAUUUAAUUUAUUGGCAAACAGAGGGAUGAGUCAGCAUCAUUUGUCAUUUAUUGACAGCAUUUCACAGAUGUUGUCAAUAAAGCUUAAUUUAACCUGGAAAAUUCCUUUUUAAGGAAUAGUCUGAGUUUAAUACAAGUUAAGCUAAAAUAAAAAUCAUUGUUUAUUGGUAUUACAGGGUAUCCGGCCUUACAUUGUCAUGGCAACGAAGUUGGACAUCAUUAUAUAAUGUUUGUUUUAUCACACCAAAUUCAUUUUAACACACAUAUUGUUUGUCUUAUGGCUAUAUUUUUGAAACUGAGUAUUUUUAAGUUUACGGAUUGGCCCCUUUAUCUUCAAUUGUAAGUGCCUCACUGUAACCUAGAUUUUUGCUUAUUUUUAAAGAAAAGGAGGAACGAGUCGAAAUACAUUUUUGUGGAAAUCAAUAUUAUGCCACAAAUACAUUCGAUUGAGCUUAACUUGUAUUGAACUUGGAACAUUCCUUUAACUCUGUACAAUUGUUGGGCCGUCUCUUCGCCCAAAAUAUAAUCUUUCACAUUGUGUCCAGUGUGGAACUAAGAGUCUAUAAGUCAAUAAGUGGUGAAUGACAACCGUAGUGUACUCUCCUGAGUAUGUGUAGUAUCACUACUGUGUAAAUGAUCUUUGAAGACAAUACUACAUUUUAAAGAUAUGAAGAAAACAUUGAACUGUUUCAAGUCUAAGUAUUUUAAGGUCGGGUUUAGGCCAUGAUGUGCUCCUCAUUCCAUAGCAAUAACGUUUUUUGAAGCAUUUAAUGUGUUAAAGGAUGCAGUGUUGCUCAUUAUACUGCUGUUGAUCAACUGGUAAUACAAUAUGUUCCUCUAUGACUCUGUGCUUGUAGAGCGUUUGGUGUGGUAGAAGUGCAUAAAACAUGGUCACUGUAAUUAUAGUAUUAGAUUACACUCAGUGAAAGUCUCCAGUUCAAAACACUGAUCAUUCAACUAUUUGUAUCUUAUUUAAUGCUCAAAAUGUGUUCAUGCCUUGUGAUUAAACAUUUUUUUUGUGUUGAUGUUGAAAACAGGAGGAUUUUCUUUUUAUCUCUGCCCUAGUUUAUAUGUUGGAAUGAGUUUUCUGCUCGCUAUUAUGUUAUGUGAGGUUGGAAUUUCAUUGAUCUGUAGUUACAAUUCUACUGAUUCUUUAUUUAAGUGACAAUUAAAAAUUAUUAACAGGAUGUUGUUUGCCUCAUCCAAAUUGAAGUCAUUGAUACGGAGAGCAGAAACCUGCUCAAAAUAAAAAGCUGUUAAAAUAUGGGGAACAUACGUUGAGCUAAACUAAGCCAGCGAAUUGGGUAGUUCAUUAGAAACCAGCUUUGGGUUAUUUAUUCAACCCAAAUGCUGGUUCAUAUUUACAGCAUUGCUGGGUUAAUAAUAAA